AUGGCGUCCCAAACCCCGGCCGUUGUCAUGGACAACGGUACCGGAUACUCGAAGCUUGGAUUCGCCGGGAACGACUCUCCCUCCUUCGUCUUUCCUACUGCAAUUGCCAGCAAGGGCGGUGCCGGAAGUGCUGGAGGUCCAUCGAGUGGCCGACCCCCAGUUGCCAACAAGCCGUCGUUUCUUGCCGGAGGCGCUGGGUCAAGUUCCAACUUGUCUGCAAAGCGCGGGACCGAGGACCUUGAUUUCUUUAUUGGCGAUGAGGCUCUGGCCGCGGCCAGUGGGCCUGGGUACGGUAUAAAUUAUCCGAUCAGACAUGGACAGAUUGAAAACUGGGAUGCUAUGGAACGCUUUUGGUCCAAUUCGAUCUUCAAAUACCUGCGCGUCGAGCCCGAAGAUCACUACUUUCUGCUCACUGAACCGCCUCUGAACCCUCCGGAAAACCGUGAGAAUACUGCGGAGAUUAUGUUCGAGUCCUUCAAUUGUGCCGGUCUUUACAUUGCUGUCCAGGCCGUGCUUGCGCUUGCAGCCUCGUGGACAUCCUCCAAAGUUACAGAUCGGUCUCUCACAGGAACAGUCGUCGAUUCUGGUGACGGUGUCACCCAUGUCAUUCCCGUCGCCGAAGGCUACGUCAUCGGAUCUUCCAUUAAGAGUAUUCCCAUCGCCGGUCGAGACAUCACCUAUUUCGUACAGAGUUUGCUGCGUGACCGAGGCGAGCCGGACAGCAGCCUGAAGACAGCGGAACGGGUCAAGGAGGAGUACUGCUACGUUUGUCCCGACAUUGUCAAGGAGUUUGCCCGUUAUGACCGCGAGCCCGACCGGUUCCUGAAGCAUACCGUAACUUCCCCGAACGGCCGCAGCGUGAGCAUCGACGUUGGAUACGAGCGCUUCCUCGCCCCGGAGAUCUUCUUCAACCCCGAAAUCUACUCUUCUGACUUCCUGACUCCCUUGCCGGUUGUCGUCGACGGUGUCAUCCAGUCCUCCCCCAUCGACGUCCGGAGAGGUCUCUACAAGAACAUUGUUUUGUCCGGUGGAUCAACCCUCUACAAAGACUUUGGCCGUCGUCUACAGCGCGAUAUUCGACACCUGGUAGACGCCCGCAUUCGCGCCUCGGAAGCCCGUAGCGGCGGUGCAAAGAGUGGUGGUCUGGAUGUGGCUGUGGUGACGCACAAGAGACAGAGACACGGCCCGUGGUUCGGAGGCAGUCUGCUGGGACAGACACCAGAGUUCCGAAGCUACUGCCAUACCAAGGCGGAGUACGAUGAGAUUGGUCCCAGCAUUGUCCGCAGGUUCGCCCUGCUCGGUGGUCCGGGAAGUACGUAA